CAGACGUCAUAUUAAAGGCUAUGUAUGUUCAGUAUCAUCGACACCAGCUUACUGUACCUUUUAUUACUUCAGUUUCACUUUGAAGGACUUACUGUACCAGCGUGGCUUUUACGACAUGAGUGGACUGUCAGAGGAGAAAGCGUCAUUCCCAAACGGACCUCGAAAGGUUUCCUCUACAGAAGAAUGUGUUGGACCAAUGAGGCUGACUCAGGAGCCGAUUCAGGUCCUGCUGGUUUUCGCCAAAGAGGACAGUCAGAGCGACGCCUUCUGGGCCUGCGACCGCGCUGGAUUCAGGUGCAACAUCGCACGGACGCCCGAGUCCGCUGUGGAGUGUUUCCUGGACAAACACCACGAGAUUAUCGUCAUCGAUGGACGCCACUCGCGCUACUUUGAGCCUGAAGCUGUGUGCAGGUUGAUCAGAGCCACAAAGCCUUCUGAGAACACCGUUAUUCUCGCUAUUGUGCCACAAAAAGUGGCAGACCAGGACGAGCCGUCUGUUCUUCCUCUCCUCUGUGCUGGAUUCAGCAGGAGGUUUGUGGAGAACAGCAGUGUGUCGGCCUGCUACAAUGAGCUCAUUCAGAUUGAGCACGGGGAGGUGCGCUGUCAGUUCAAACUGAGGGCCUGUAACUCUGUGUUCACCGCUCUGGAGAACUGUCAAGAGGCUGUGGAGAUCACCAGCGAGGACCACAUAAUACAGUAUGUAAAUCCGGCGUUUGAGCGUAUGAUGGGCUACCACAAGGGGGAGCUGAUGGGGAAGGAGCUGACUGAACUCCCCAAGAGCGACAAGAACAGAGCAGACCUGCUGGACACUAUCAACACCUGCAUCAAGAAAGGAAAGGAGUGGCAGGGUAUUUACUUCGCUAGGAAGAAGGCAGGCGACAGCAUCCAGCAGCAUGUGAAGAUAACACCCGUCGUCGGCCAAGGAGGGAAGAUUCGACAUUUUGUAGCCAUCAAGAGACCUCACAUAGACAACAAUAAUCAGCUUCACAAGUUCAACAAGGAGGAGAGAUGCAGCGGGGAGCAUUCUCAGUCAGAGUGCCAUUCUCAACGUCACCGCGACAGGAGGAAAGACUCGAUCGAGUCCCGAUCGCUCAGCUCUCGCGGUAGUGACGCUUCAGGUUUACAGAACCGGAGAUAUUCCUCUGUCGCCAGGAUUCACUCCAUGACCAUCGAAGCUCCCAUCACUAAGGUGAUCAACAUCAUAAACGCAGCGCAGGAGAGCAGUCCGGUGACGGUGGCCGAGGCUCUGGACCGCGUGCUGGAGAUCCUGAGAACCACCGAGCUCUACUCCCCGCAGCUCGCCUCCAAAGAAGACGACCCCCACACCAACGACCUGGUCGGGGGGCUCAUGAACGAUGGGCUACGGAGACUCUCUGGAAAUGAAUAUGUCUUCUGCAAAAAUAUGAGCCAGAGCCAGCUGGCGAUCCCCGUCACUCUGAAUGACGUCCCUCCAUCCAUCGCCGAGAUGCUGAACGAUGAGGAGUGCUGGGAGUUCAACAUCCUGAAGCUGGAGGCAGCGACACACAAGAGGCCGCUGACGUACCUCGGGCUGAAGAUCUUCACGAGUUUCGGCGUAUGUGACUUUCUGAGCUGCUCGGAGGCCACGCUGCGCUCCUGGCUGCAGCUCAUGGAGAGCAGCUACCACUCCUCCAACUCCUACCACAACUCCACACACGCCGCAGACGUGCUGCAUGCUACGGCCUACUUCCUGCGCAAGGAGCGGGUCAAGGGCAGUCUGGACCAGCUGGACGAGGUGGCGGCUCUUAUAGCAGCCACAGUGCACGACGUGGACCACCCGGGCCGGACCAACUCAUUCCUGUGCAACGCCGGCAGCGAACUGGCAAUCCUGUACAACGACACGGCCGUGCUGGAGAGCCACCACGCCGCCCUCGCCUUCCAGCUCACUGUCCGAGACACCAAGAGCAACAUCUUUAAAAACACAGACAGGAACCAGUUCCGGACGCUUCGACAGGCCAUUAUUGACAUGGUUCUGGCCACGGAGAUGACCCGACACUUUGAGCACGUCAGCAAGUUCGUCAACAGCAUCAACAAGCCGAUGGCCGCCAUAGAAGAGACCUGCACAAGCAGCAUGAACAGCGACUGUGAGGGUCAGGCCAACAUCAGGAACUCUCCGGAGAACCGCCUGCUCAUCAAGAGGAUGCUGAUCAAGUGUGCAGACGUGGCCAACCCCUGCAGGCCGCUCGAGCUGUGCAUCGAGUGGGCCGGGCGGAUCUCUGAGGAGUACUUUGCCCAGACGGACGAGGAGAAGAGACAGGGGCUGCCCGUGGUGAUGCCAGUGUUUGACAGAAACACCUGCAGCGUCCCCAAAUCUCAGAUCUCCUUCAUCGACUACUUCAUCACGGAUAUGUUCGACGCCUGGGAUGCCUUCGCCAACCUGCCCGGUCUCAUGGAGCAUCUGUCGGAGAACUACAAAUACUGGAAGGGCUUGGACGAGAUGAAGUGUAAGAGCCUGCGUCCUCCGCCGCCUUCUUGACCUUCGGCCUCCAUCCUCACACCCGAUUCGCUCUGAGCGGGGCAGGACAAGUGACGCGGCCCUGCGAAGGAACAAUAAGCCUGGGGGGUGGGGGGGGGCGGAGCUCUGUGACCUCCCAGGUAACCCCGUGGACAUAUUCACUGCCAGACGCUGGUUGAUCAGGGACGCAGAGAGCACACAUCGCUGACAUGUGUCUCAUGACCCCGCCCACUCUUUUGUUUGUCCACUUGACGGCCCUGAUGAGUAUUUCUAGAAAGCACUUCUUCUGUGUGAACAUUUGAGAGUUGACUGACAAUCUGUAACAUACAGCGUAACACUACAGAAACCUGCACUUUAACGUCGCUCUUUCUUUAUCUCUUUCUUUGUCUUUAAACCCCCUUUUUUUUUCCUUUUCUACAUCUGCCAGUUGCUGUAAAACAAUUGAGGCGAUUAAGACGGUGACCAACCGUGAGGUAAUGACAAAAAACAGCACUAAGAGGGAUCGCUCUGUUCGCGCUGGUCUGUAAAUGUGGAGUUACUCAAAUUCAAAAUUGACGACUUUUAAAGGUGCUCUGCUGAAAAUACUUCUGCUGUGUUGUGUCCAAAGUUUGGGGGAUAUUUUGACUUGUGUUAAGGACCAAGAACUGAGCAAUCAUGCGUCUGUUGGCCCCCGUAAAGAAAGAACUCGCUUAGAGAUUUAGGAAAGGGGAGACCCAGAGUAGACCCAGGGUCCAAUCAGAAGGGGAGAACCAGCCAGGUGGACACUUUUUUCUACAUUUUUUUCAGCAAGACAUGACAUGGAAGAAGGCUUGUUUUUGUGAUGCCUGCUGGGUUUUACCAGGUGGUGAAUCAUUUCACCCACACAUUUUUUUUUUUUUUUUUUUUUAAGAAUAACUUCUUCUAAGUCAUCGCUCAUUGUGCACUGUGAAACAAAUGAAGGAACACAUUUAUACUGUAUACAGGAGAGUUCAGGUCUUUUUAAUCCUGGUACUACUAAUAUAUGUCAGGGUCUACAUGACUGAUAGGUACUAAAGUUAUUGAGUUGCUCCGGUAAACAGUGUGUGUGUGCGCUGGCUGCAGAAUAAUCCCUCAGAGACAGAUAGACGUUUUUUUGUUAAAAGAGUGCGAUACAUAUUUUUUAACUUAACAGAACAGUUGUCACAUUUUUCUACAACCAAAAGACGUCGUUGACUUGAAGGGAGUUUUAUGUCGCAUCACACGGGAGUUGUUGCAGUUUGUAUUCCUAAACAAUGUGUCACACAAUUGAGGUGGCGGUAGAUCAGCAACUCCUGUAUCCUGGGAGGUACGGUUACUUUUUUUCGUUUUGUCAAUGGAGUCGGGUGCCUUUUAAUGAGAGCGAUGUAACAACUUCUGUUCUGGUUUCAAACAAGCUGCAACCUCAGCUGUUCAAACAUGUAGCUAAAUGCAGGAGUGCAACGCAACUGCAGUUCAUCGAGUGACCACUUGGGGCUGGCUGCAAAAGCCAAGGAAUCCCCAUCAGGGCUCAUGUUAAAAAAAACAACAGUUUUUUACAUGAGAAAUAAACACGUUUACAGCCUGGUUCAAAAUGCAGUUUUAGUCCUUUUAGCUAAUUUCUUUAUUCUUAAAAAACUCCAGUGGGGUUUAAUUUUCUUGAAACUCAUCCUAUAAAGAUUUCAAACAAACCCAGUAUUGUACUUAGUCGGCAACUGAGGGGUGAAUUGGAUCUUGUUUGGAAGUGUGUUCUUACCGAUGCAACAAAUCCAAUAUCCAAUGCAUAGCAUCAUUCUGGAUAUGCAGAUCUGUUUAUUUACCUCUUCCAGUAAUUACAGAACAAAAUGCAAUUAGUUACACUCAAAUUAAACUCAAAUUAAACUCACUGCACGCUGAAAACUUCAUUCACACACUUGGCUGAAAUGACCUGGAGUCCAGCAUAAGCCAAGACUCCACCUACAGGUCAGUAUUGGAAUUACACUCACAAAUACAACAACACUGUGUCACCAAGGGUCUCAUGCAGAGAUAAAAUACAACAAAUAAAAAAGAUGCAUUCAG